CCCUGGUGGUAUUCCCGAGUGUAGCUCGGGGUAAAGUUUCAGUACCACAAGUGGUAACCCCGAGCUACACACGGGAAUACCAUGCGGCGCUGCUCCGCGAUCCCUUCUUCACUUACCUUGUCCUGCGCUCCCGCGAUGUCCCUCCUGCAGUGUCCCUGGCAAUGUAAUCCAGCGGAUGCCAGCAUCUGUCAUCUGGGUUCCGUCCUCUGUGAGCGUCAGGACGUACGGGGACGGAACGGCGGGGGAAAUUUGAAAAUGACAAAAAGUGACAUUCACUAAAAUCACUAAAAUCACAUAGUAAAACAUUACUGUAUCAAAGCAUUUCACAUACAU